AUGGAUCCAGGACUUGAAAAGCCAACUUCAGAGUAUAUCGAUUGGAAAAUAAAGGACAAUGGUGUUGCUAUUGUUACCAUAAACAGGCCAAAGAAGUCCAAUGCUUUGACAAUCCAGAUGUGGAAAGAUAUCAAUGAUAUCUUUGAGUAUCUCAAUUUCCAAGAUGAAGUCAGAGCUGUACUUUUCAAAGCAGAGGGUAAGAAUUUCACUGCUGGAAUCGACCUCAUGGAUGCUAGCGAAGUCUUGUUCGGACCUAUCGCUACCUCGGAUAAGGAAGUCGGCAGAAAAGGGAUUUACCUUCUCAAAGCAAAAAUUGUUCAAGACUGGUUCUCAGCUUUAGAAAAUUGCAGAGUACCUGUUAUUGCAGCAGUCCAUGGUGCCUGCAUUGGAGCAGGGAUAGACCUGCUUUGCUCCGCAGAUAUUAGGUACUGUACUGAAGAGGCCAAGUUCUCUAUCAAAGAAAUUGAUCUCGGGUUCGUCACAGAUAUCGGAGGUCUUCAAAGAUUCCCCAAAGUCGUCGGAAAUGACAGCUGGGCAAGAGAGCUUCUCUACACGGCCAGAUAUUUUGAUGGAAAAGAAGCUUUUGACAGAGGAUUUGUACAUAAAAUUUUUAAAAAUAAGGAAGAUCUACUCAUCGGAGCAGAAGAAUUAGCUGACGUCAUUGCUAGUAAAACUCCAAUCGGUGUUGUAGGAACUAAAGAGAGUAUCAUUUACUCUCAGGAUAACAAGAUCGAAGAUGGACUUGCAUUGGUCAGAAGACUCACAGCUCCACUACUCCAAUCUGAAGACGUCGCAACUGCAGGGAUGGCUGUAAUGCAAAAGAAGACUCCUACAUUCUCUAAACUUUAG